CUUUAGGCUAUCUUGACUCCGCAACCUCCGCUUCCGCGUUGAACCUCCAAUUUCUUGCAACUACUGCAACUGCGGGCGUGGUACUAAGCCUAGCCCAUGUCUCGUACGUGGAAAGUUUACACAGGAAAUCCUGUCAAUCCCAGCUACUGCACGUUGCAGUCGAGCCUUCCGGAUCCCCCUUCUACUAUUGCUAAGUUAGAAGCGAGAGAAACGCCGGACAUCAUCUCCUACCUGCCACUAUAUGGCUACCUGUUUUGCACGGUUUGCAGGAGCGCCAUUCCCCGCAAGGUACUCCUCAAUCAUCUCCAGCGACAUCACGGUAUCAGCAGCGGCCUAUCCACAACUAUACUCCGCCAAUACGAACAUGUUCCCGUAGCGCAGGAAGACUUGGACAUUGUUCCACUUCCCAAUGACAGCCGUGUCUUGCCGUUCCUAGCGGCUCCUGUCCAGGGUUUCAGCUGCCCACAUUGCAUCUGGCUCACGGUAAAUUGGGGCGAGUUUCGAAAGCAUCUAAGUAAAACUCAUAGUCAGAGGCACACAAUAGUUAACAGGAGGGACGUGUCAUGCUUCCUGCAACAAUGGGUCGCGCACAGAAAGACAGGGCAAUACUGGCGCGUGAACCACACUAGGACGGACAGCGUUGAGUCUGUAGAAGCAGAUUGCGAGGAAGAGCAAGCAGAUAAGGAAAGGCUAACGCAGCUGGAAGAAGCUUGUCGCGACCCAGAUAUGGCGGAGCUUCUCCGUAUGGAAGAUGAAGAGGAACACCGGCUUGCCAAUGAAGCAAAUGCGAACGCAUGUCUCCCAGACAAGUUAGAGCACGACGAGAACACGCGCUGGCUUCGUGAGUGCGGGUGGCCACGCUGGUUCGCACGCAAGCCGCUCCAUGUAAUUGUCGCUACAUCGCAGCUUCCCUCGAAGAAGCAUGAAGCUCUCUACUUAGGACCAUGGAACGGCUCUCAAUGGAGCAGCUGCUCAGCUACAGAGACGAAGCUCUUGGUGCUCGUUGAGCUUGUGGGUCGCGUGCUAGACAGGUGCGAGGAGACCCUGUCAUCUACACCGCGGGUUCUUCGCUGUUGGCUACGUAGCUGGGGUCCACAUUAUUGCCCUAUCCCAUUUGAGCAACCAAAGCGACAGACUACGCAGAAAAAGUACCGCUCCUACUGCUAUCGGUUCCUUUGCUAUGUUUUCCGAGCGAGGCAGGUUUGCUUUGCGCAGGGUUACGACACGAACGACAUCUACGGUCUGACACUUACCGCAUUCCAGGCAGAAAUAACGGAUACUAUCUGGGCGGGGCUGGACAAUCUGUUGCCGAGUGAGGCGGAGAGAGUCCUGUCAAGUCCUUCGUCGCCACCGCCUCCUCCAUCCUCUUCCAUCCUCGAAACUAUCUUCCAGCUGCUCGUUCUCUUCUGGACAGACACUUCGAUAGACGGCGAUGCAGGUGCUAAAGCACUCAUUCAUUUCUCCGGUGUGCUUGGGAUCCACCCGUAUAAGCUGACUCUCCGCACCCCGUAUGAUUACACUCCAUAUCUUUCAGCCUUAAUCUGGGUAGGAAGAUUAGUGAUCCUCGAGUAUGCGCUGCCGUCGCGAGCUUACAGUUCGUGGAACCCUCUUCUCCAGGCACGCACUGCGCAUCCAGAUCAAGGGUCGAGGCUUCUCAGAGAGAUUCGGCCAAGGUAUCUCCAAUGUGGUACCUUCGCGCCCCUCGGGUAUUUCAUUGAGCGCCUCCAACAUGGCAGAGCUGUAGCAAAGCGGGAAGGUGGCAGAACAAACAUCUCCUGGUCACCUGAUGGCCAGAUGCUCGAGGUGAACGGAUCUCAGAUCACUCUGACACAGCUGCGCUCUACAGUGCACUCUCUUCUGGAUGCGAUCAAUCGGGAAGCUCGCGAUCUAAUGUUUCAGUGGUGGCCUGAUGUCAAUUUGCGUGAGAUCAAGGACAAGCUAACAAGCUAUCGAGCGGGCUAUUCAUUUCUAGCGGAGCCUGAGAAUAAUCUGCAAAUGAGCUUCAAGCAUCUUUACCGCCGAGCGUUCUUUCUUCAAGAAGGGAGGCUAGCACUGCAGGGCGCUGGACGCCAGCAAGCGAUGGCGUAUCUCCAGAGACGUGACGAUUUUAUUCGACUGAUCUUUGCAGGUAUCCACAUGACGAGCGGCAUGCCCGCUAGAGGGGAAGAGCUCCGCAUCAUACGCUGGGCGAAUACCGUCGCUGUACAACGCAACAUUAUAAUACACAAGGGACACAUCAUGCUAGUUUUCACUUACAACAAAGUGUCCACAACAGCAAACCACUCGUUCUACAUUAUUCGGGUGCCUUGUCCUAUAGUAGAGCGAGCUUUGUUCCUAUAUCUUGCCUAUAUACGGCCUUUUACCGACUUCCUCCUCCGACAACUGAAACUCAUUGAUGCGCGAACAAAGACGAAUCUGCAUCUCUUCACCCUAAGCAAUCAUCCCACCGGUUGCUUCAGCGCAGUAGACUGCUCGAAGAGCCUAGAGCUGGCUACGCCAGACUGCCCCAUUCGACUUCAGCUGUGUAUCUAUCGCCACAUCGCGGUCGCCAUUAGCAAGAAGCAUAUCCUGACACUGCUGGAGCCGUUCGACCCGAACAUUCCAAAGGACCAGAAUGGCUUUCUUCACCUAUUAGCCUUCCAGACGGGUCACACUCCAUCGAUUCAUGCAAGCGCUUACGCUCUCGAGAGAGGCUAUCCGGCUAGAUUGCAGCCAGAGCUCAUCGAACGCUAUUUUGAAAACAGCCUGAUUUGGCAUCGGUUCCUGGAGAUCGACGAGGACAGACCUAUAGACAGAGAAGCAAAUCCGGGCCCGUUAGACCCACAGAUAAAGGAAUUGAUGACGCCAACGAUGAAGCCGGCAAAUCAAGCGGUGGACGUGGGUGUGUCAGAAGAGGAAUCCUUCGCGCUGCAUAGCGGAGACGAAAAGGUAGCAGAGGCAAAAGGGCAUGAUAGGAGAUUGUUGACACGAAGCAAGC